GUUUUGAUUAAACAUGACGAGGAUCUGUUUGCUUCAUAAAUACACAACUACGUUUGUCAACUCGUCUUACAUCCUUAGGUCAAACAUUACAAUGUCAUUAUGACUAGAGUAGAAAAAUUUGUAUCGUCGAAGAAUGGAUCAUUCUCUAACGAACAUAAGCUACGAUUUUGCGCGUAACAUGUAGCCAGUCGACCCACUUUACGAAUAGAUCAUUAUUCUUCGUCGACGAUCGUUGCUCGACCAUGAUCUCAUCGAUAUAACAAGUGUUCUUCGAAGUCUCUAUUCCUUCGAAGAAAAUUGUGAUGUUUUUGCAUUGAGAGAUAGUUCACGGUCGUUCAGAAAACUCGAAACGUACGAGAAUACAGAAUCUGGUGUUCAUUUUUCUUGAGAAUGUCGUGGGUCCUUACGUGGUUCGAAUACGUGCAUUUAGUGGACGAUCUAAUUAGGUUAAGUUGACUAAUGGUUCGAAUUUUUUAUCGUAACAUGAUUUACCUGUGGAGAACCUGAUGAACUGAUUGUCAAAUGCAUGUUUUUUGUUUGACAAACGUUGAAUACAAAAGUACCUAAGAUUAUCAGGAACCAAGAUGAACUAUGGUUGUGCAUUUAUUAAUAUUUUACACGAUGAAGACUCAAUGUGUGUGAUAAACUUUUUACAAAGAUCUCUACUAUACUUGCUUGUAUAUAUUAAGAAUAUUUAGAGUGAAAGUUACUAUUAAUCAAUAUGCCGCACGUGACCAGAAAAUGGGAAUUAUUUCCUGGUAGAAAUCGUUUUUGUUGCGAUGGCAGGGUGAUGAUGGCACCACAAACGGGUGUCUUCUAUGUUACGGUGUGUUUGGUAGCUGGUACAAGCGGAUUGUUUUUUGCCUUUGAUUGUCCAUUUUUGGCUGUGCAUAUAACACCUGCAAUCCCGGUAAUAGGUGGAUUAUUAUUCGUAUUUGUAAUGUCUGCCUUGUUUCGAACCAGCUUUAGCGAUCCUGGUGUUAUUCCAAGAGCAACACCUGAUGAAGCUGCUUAUAUAGAAAAACAAAUUGAAGUACCAAAUAAUGGUAACUCUAAAACAUAUAGACCACCUCCAAGAACAAAAGAAGUAUUGGUACGAGGACAGCCUGUAAAGUUGAAAUAUUGCUUUACUUGUAAGAUAUUUAGACCACCAAGAGCCUCGCACUGUAGCUUAUGCGAUAAUUGUGUAGAAAGAUUUGAUCAUCAUUGUCCGUGGGUUGGCAAUUGUGUUGGUAGAAGAAAUUAUAGAUAUUUUUAUGCUUUUAUAGUUUCUUUAGCAUUCCUAUGUGUUUUUAUAUUUGCCUGUGCUGUUACACAUUUAAUAAUGCUUACAAGAGAUGACAGACCAUUUUUAGAAGCUGUCAAAUUAUCUCCUGGUAGUGUCAUUGUAGGAGUGAUAUGUUUUCUUUCUGCUUGGAGUAUUUUGGGUCUUGCUGGCUUUCACACAUAUUUAGCCACGAGUAAUCAAACAACUAAUGAAGAUAUCAAAGGUUCUUUCACAAGUAAAAUAGGCCAAGAGAGUUUUAAUCCUUAUAGUCGAGGAAAUAUUUGUGGAAAUUGUUUCUAUGUCUUAUGCGGUCCUUCACCACCAAGUUUAAUUGAUCGUAGAGGAAUAGUUACACCCGAGUAUCGGGCAGAGCAGGAACGAGUUUCUGAUGAAAAUGUGAUAGCUAAUAAUAAGUCAUAUGGAACUGUAAAGAUCGUGCAACCACAGUCCAAUGGAACAGGCAUGCAGACAAAUGUUCCCACAGAACUUACGGAUUCUAUGAAUAAUCUUGUUACUGGUCGAUAUUCUCCAAGAUUAGAAUCUAUUAAUGGUGAGUUGUCUCUUUUACGGCAUCCUUCUCGCUGUACUGAUGAUCUUCCCAAAUAUUCUCAUCAGUACAUCAGUGAUAUUUAUGUUCCACCAUAUCCUAUGCAACAUUGUCCUCAAGAUUCUACAAAACAUAUGAAAUAUAAUGUAAAUGAUAGGAUAAAUCCAGAAUUUCAAAAAGGUAUACAUAAAUAUCCUCAUAGAUGUAGAGAAGAGUAUCAUAGGUGUUCAGAUAAUAAUCUCAUAUAUGAUCAGUGCAUACAAGAUCACAAAUAUGCAAUCGAUCUUCAAAAAUAUCCGCAAAGAUAUUCGGAGGAUACAUUACGAUAUAAAAUUGAUGAAAAGAAUGGUUACUCUGAUUUACAAAAAUUUCCUCAGUGUCGUUCCGAAGAUCCUUUACGAAUCCCUCAGGCUCAUCAUACUAUGAAAUACAAUAAUCUAAGAUGCACUGAUCAUAGUAUAAAAUAUCCAUUACCAAAAAAUAUAUUACCAGCACGCAUAUUAGGUGCUACUGGUAUACCGAUUCAAGCAAUAGGACUUAUAGAUAGCCGUUUUGGUUCAAAUCCAUUAAGUAAUAAUUUAUCAUAUGUUGACAAUUCGUUUUGUCCUAACGAUAGUACAGAAGAAGAUCUUUUAAAUCGACGAUUUAUCAUGAAUUCUAUGAGUGAUAAUGAUGACAUUUAACAUUCAUUAUAGAAAAUGCAUUUUCAUUAUGCAUUAGUAAAUAUUAAUAAAGCUGCAAAACAGCUUUACAACAUUCAGCCUCGCCUUUGUAACAUGUAAUAUGAUUGCAGCAUAGCUGGCAAUAAUAAUAAGGUAAUCAUAACAUUGGAUAUAAUGUAGUAUCCAAAUGGCACUGGUAGUAUUUUCUUAAAAACAAAAAGUUGUAGUGCAUUAAUACAAUGUGCAAUGUAUCAAAUUAUUAUCUUGUUGUUAGAAGCAAUUUAUGAUAUACUAUUAAACAGAGCUGUGUAUAUAGUAAAUAAUACAUUUAUAAAUAAUUUUUUUGUAAAGUAUCAAAUAUUCUUUCAAACGUUUAUAUACGCAUCUUAAUGAUGAACU